AUGGCUGCUGAGUGGGCGCCGGACAAGGCGCUGCGGUGUCAGACUCCUUGGGGGUGCCCAAGGAAAGCGGCUGCAGUACAGGCUGCACAGCCACCGCUUGGGAAGGCGGCCCGGCUGAGGGGUCGACGUCCAUCAGCUCCGAAGGCGGUGGUGACCGAAGAGGGACCGCAGGCGCCGGAGCGACCACCCGGGGCGCUCCCGUAUGAAGCUGCGCGGGAGGCAUCAACGGGACGGGUCGUCGGCGUGGUAGCGGCGACUGCUGCUGCUGCUGUCCUGGGGGCGGUAGCGAAGUCAGAAGGCGCGGCUGGAACCCGCCGCGGACCAAAUCUGUGGACAAAGAACGAGCGGCAGAAUCCGGGCGGCCAGCACGGCGCAACUGGUUCUGAUGCCUCCUGUGCACCCCAAUUUGGUCCGCUGCGGGUUCCAGCCGCGCCUUCCGACUUCGCUGCCGCCCCCAGGGCAGCAGCAGCAGCCGUCGCCGCUACCACGCUGACAGCCCAUCCCGUUGAUGACUCCCGCGCAGCUUCAUCCGGGAGCGCCCCAGGUGGUCGCUCCGGCGCCUGCGGUCCCUCUUCAGUCGCCACCGCCUUCGGAGCUGAUGGAUGUCGACCCCUCAGCCGGGCCGCCUUCCCAAGCGGUGGCUGUGCAGCCUGUCCUGCAGCCGCUUUCCUUGGGCACCCCCAAGGAGUCUGA